AUGAACAAUUCUGAAGGAAGACAACCGUUUAAUUACGAUUGGCCAAUAUUCAAUCCAGCUCUGAUGGAAAGCUAUAAUCAACGAGCUCUUUCUCACAACAAUCCCGUUCCAUUCAUCGACACACCUUCAAAUUCGUACACUUACACUACCGAAACCCAAGAGACCUACAACAACCAACAUUCCGACUCAUCUACCGAAAAUAGUCAUUCAGGAACGCAGCAACAUCAGGAGCAGCAGAAGCUUAUGCCUAAUGAGUACUUUACAAUGCCGACUCCCACAAUUGCCAUCAAACAUGCCAGUGCAUCCUCUUCCUUUGAAGACAGACCUAUCGAAUCCUUUUCGUCUGAGAACAACUACGAAAUAACAGCAUCAGAGUCCGAAGAUACGUUGGGUAAUCCUCCUCGUUCUAGUUCACUUCAUCGAAAUUAUUCUGCAGCAGAAAAAACAAAUUCAAAACCACUUCGCAAUCUCUCUAGUAUCAAAAGAUCCAGUCGACCAAACACAUUAGAAAGAAAAAGGUCCCCCCAAAAAACCUAUGUCAACUUGGACACCGACAUCAUGGCCGCCGGUAGCCUCUUGACCGGGAAAACUUUGAUGAAAUUUGCAAUGCAAUCCAAAUUGUCCAAGGAGUUCAUACAAGAAAUCCAGAGGCUGAGUCAAGAGCGUACCCUUUUCUGUUCCGAGGUCUACCCUUUUAGUUUCACAGGUUCCGAAGCAGUGAAAAUCCUUCAAACUUUACUUCAAGGAUCCUUUGUAGACAAGACUUACGUUCGUAUUGGACGGUCAUUAUUGCAUACCUUUCCUCCAGUGCUUGCUCCAGUGAUAUAUUCUGAAAAGGCAACAAAACACAAUGCGUUCUAUGAUUCUGACAGCGAGUUUUACACAAUUGUGGAAGAUACUGUGGACGGAAAUAUGCCCCAGGGUAUAUACACCCAGCUCACGGCUUGUUACGUACCAACAUGUACGCCAGGCACAAGUGACUGCUACUCUACUUGCUGUCCAAACAGAAAGGUUAAAAUGAGAGUGUUUGAUGAAAGCGAAACAGAUACUUCUUCGCAAAAGGUGCCAAAGAUCCAGCGCCAUAUGUCAAUCAAUUCGUCUCUUGCUUCUCGUGAUACAACAAACUCCCAAGCAUGGUCAGCUACUGUCUCCAGAGAGAUUCUGGAAAUUACGCCCAAGGAUGAAAUCAAGCGACAAGAGUCAAUACACGAGUUAAUUUAUUCCGAAGAAGAUUAUCUGAGAGAUCUGAACUUAUUGGAAGAUCUUUUUGCCAAGCCUUUAAGUGAAGCCCAAUGUAUUGAACCGGAUCGACGCGCGGAGUUUUGCAAAAAAGCAUUUGCUAACCAUCUGGAGCUUAUUGCGAUCCACAAGGAGCUUUGCCAAGACUUACGUGACCAUCAAACCCUUUGCCAGUCCAAGGGAGGAGCAGGCUUUGUGGAUCGUAUCGGCCAUGUGUUUGUAAAACACAUUCACAAAUUCAUGGAUCCUUAUGUCAAGUAUGGCCCGCAGGUCAUUCUGGCCGAAGACUUGGUCAAGUCCGAAGUCAAUACAAACAUCCUCUUCAAGAACUUUAUCCACGAAAAAGAAAAACAGGCCGAAACAAGAAAGCUGUCUUUUAACCAUUUCCACUUUCGCCCCAUCGCACGUCUUCAGCGUUAUAUCCUGCUCAUCGGAACCGUUCAAAAGGCCACAAAACCCGACAGUCCUGACGCAAAGGAUCUGGAUGAAUGUAUAAAGGCCAUUCAAAAGGUAGCUUCAUUUAUGGAUGAAGGUGUAGGCCAGAUGAAGAAGAAACUGCGCAUUCGUAAGAUAAACGAACGAAUCAUCCAAGAGACUGGUCAAUUAGGAGCAGAUGGAAAACCUCAUGAUUUUGAAUUACUUGAUCCCAAUCGUCGUUUAAUUCACGAGGGAAUAUUGCUACGUCGCACUAAUUUCGUAACGGACCCAAUAGAGAUGCACCUCUUUUUGUUUGACCACAUGUUGAUCAUUACAAAGAUCAAGAAACCAUCUUCCAGUAGUGGUGACCAGACAUCCUCGAAUGCUCACGAAUUCUAUUAUCUCCAUAAAAAACCAAUCCCACUCGAAUUGUUGGUCCUCCAAGACUCUUCCAGUAGUUUAAUCAGAGGAAUUUUACCAACACCAACAUUGUCAGCAACACCACUAUCAUUUCCAAAGUCAUCGAGUCCUGCCGCGCAAAACGGGUCUAAUAUCUUGCCUCAGAACGGCUUCUUCAGCCAGACCUCAAUUACAAUACAGCGACUGGGAAAUGACAAUGAAGAGACGACUCUUUAUGACAACAAGACAGGUGAUCUGGCUAUCUGGUCUGGCAAAUUAAUGAACGCGAAGAGUGAUUUAGAAGAACGCAAAAAGGAAUCCCAGCCAUACGAAACCGAGGUGUUGAACGACAUCAACUUUUCUUGUUCAUCUAGUAUGGGAUCUAAAUACAAUCAUGGCAAAGUAACAUGCUCAGUUCCUUAUGCGGCAACAAGCGGUAAAAGAAUGGUGGCCAUUGGAACACAAACAGGUGUAUGGAUUGGUGCUUCAGGAUCCACUUCAUUCCGCAAAGUGUUGUCUCUACUUGAUGUAACACAAAUUGAUGUUCUCGAACAGCAUCGCGUACUUUUGGUUCUAGCAGAGAAAGUGGUGUACGGAUACCCACUGGACACAUUGGAUACAGGUUCCCAAAAUAAGCCAGUUGAAAGAGUUCCCCAGAGAAUCUCACAACAUGUAGCCUAUUUCAGCACCGGUGUUAUCAAGGGAAAAACCUUGCUGAUUGUGAUGAAACGUAAGGGUAUGGAUAGUCAUUUCAAAGCAUUUGAGCCAGUGUGCGGUGAUUUACGCGAUCCAAAGAACGCCAAAUUUUUGACAACGAAAUCCAGUUUCUUGACUAUUCAUUUCUUGAAUGCAAGAUUGAUGAUCGUAUGUAUUCGUGGGUUUGAGAUAAUAAACUUGGAUGAUCUCAGGGAAAACCGAAACCUGCCCGAUCUGAAAAACCCAGAGUUUGAUUUUGUUGUCCAGCAUGGAGAGUAUAUCCAACCUCUUGGGAUGUUUAAAUGUAGCACAGAGGAUUACCUAUUGUGCUACGACAGAUUUGCUUUUAAGGUGGAUGUUCGUGGCAAAUUUUCUAACCAGAAUUAUGAAAGAAUUGAAUGGGAAGGAACACCACAAUCUGUUGCCUUUGAUUAUCCUAAUAUUAUUGCAUUCAAUUCAAGGUUUAUUGAGAUACGAGAUGUCAAUACAGGUAAACUCGUGCAAGUAGUUGUUGGCGACAACAUGCGUUCUCUACAAUUCAAGAAGCCAUCAUAUUCAAAACGGCCACUUGUCCAUGGAACUAUGCAAGCUCCUUUCAAACCUGAAAUUCAAUCUGUUUUCCAACUUACCUUGAAGGCAUCACCAUCGGAGUCUUAG